AUGUCAGCUGCUAGUAGACAGACUGAUUCCGAUCUCGAUUUUGCUACCAAUCCGGCUGGAAAUCCCUUUGUCGACGGCUGGUACGCCGAUCCAGACAGCGACUUCUACAACGGCGAGCAUUGGGUAUACCCGACCUACUCACGCCCGUACGAUGCACAGACGUUUUUGGACGCCUUUUCAUCGCCUGAUCUUAUCAACUGGACCAAACAUCCAAACAUUUUAAACACGACCAGCUUUCCGUGGGCGAAGCGAGCAGUCUGGGCUCCGGCUACCAUUUCGCGCAACGGCAAAUAUUAUCUCUACUUCGCCGCCAACGACAUUCAAACAAAUGACGAAUACGGUGGCAUUGGUGUCGGCGUGGCUGAUCGCCCCGAAGGCCCAUAUCGAGACCCGAUUGGCAAGCCUCUCAUAGGUCAGUACUACAACGGAGCCCAGCCGAUUGACCAAGACGUCUUCAUCGAUGAUGACGGUCAGGCCUACAUGUACUACGGUGGCCACGGCCACGCAAAUGUUGUCCGCAUCAACGAAGACAUGAUUAGCGUCGGCACCUUCCCUGAUGGCGACCAGUACAAGGAGAUUACGCCGGAAAACUACGUCGAGGGGCCUCAAAUGUUCAAGCGCAAGGGCAAGUACUAUCUCUUCUGGAGCGAGGGCGGCUGGGGCGGCCCCGACUAUGCCGUGUCCUAUGGCAUUUCCAACAACCCGAUAGGGCCCUUUAAGCGGCUGGACAAGAUUCUUCAGCAGGAGCUGGCUGUGGCCACGGGAUCGGGCCACAACGGCGUCAUCACCGUCCCCGGCACUGACAUUCACUACAUUGUCUACCACCGCCAUCCGCUCGGCAGCACUGACGGCAACGACCGACACCUGGCCUAUGACCGCCUGCGUUUCCGCGAAGACGGGACCAUUGAGCCCAUUGUCAUGGGCGUCCAGGACAACUUCAAGGACAGCAACAUGAUUGGCUGGUCCACCUACGGCGGCGUCUGGGACACGGGCUCCCGCAAGCUCAAGACGAUGGCCUCGGACGGCGCCAAGGCUGCCCUCAACACCAACUUUACCGACCAGUACUUUGCCGUCGACGUUGCCAUUCCCAGUCAAAACACCGGCGACGCGGGCAUCAUAUUCCGCGCCACGGAUCUGCAGCAAGGUGCGCAUGCGUACCGUGGUUACUACCUGGGCAUUGGCACGAGCGGCAAGAUUGUCAUUGGCCGUGCGGACGGUGGCUGGACCCCAAUCAAGACAGUCGACGCGCCGAUUCACACCAACAAGGUGUACAAUGUGGCUGUUCGCGCCGUUGGUAGUCAUUUGGACUGCAAGGUCAUGCACGGUCGUGAUGUGAUUGCUAGCUUUACUGUAUCCGAUGACAAGUUUAAACACGGCACCAAUGGUGUUCGAGCGUUUCAGACAAAAGCCACCUUUGACAAUCUCGAGGUCCGCCAUGCUCGAUGA